AUGACACCAGGGGAGCAUCGUAAGAGCCAGAGUGAAGGAGAACCCUCCACACCUCCCAUGGGACACAUCAGCGCUGGCCCUCCCAUCCCAGAACACGUCAAGAAGGAGGAGGCUGUCGCACGGAGCAGCCCUCCCAUCCCAGAACACGUCAAUAAGGAGGAGGCCGUCGCACGGAGCAGCCCUCCCAUCCCAGAACACGUCAAUAAGGAGGAGGCCGUCGCACGGAGCAGCCCUCCCAUCCGGGAACACGUCAAGAAGGAGGAGGCUGUCGCACGGAGCAGCCCUCCCAUCGCGGAACAGGUCAAUAUGGAGGCUGUCAAACGGAGCAGUCCUCCCAUCCCGGAACACGUCAAGAAGGAGGCCGUCGCACGGAGCAGCCCUCCCAUCCGGGAACACGUCAAGAAGGAGGAGGCUGUCGCACGGAGCAGCCCUCCCAUCGCGGAACAGGUCAAUAUGGAGGCUGUCACACGGAGCAGUCCUCCCAUCCCAGAACACGUCAAUAAGGAGGUUGUCGCAUGGAGCAGUCCUCCCAUCCCGGAACACGUCAAUAAGGAGGCUGUCACACGGAGCAGUCCUCCCAUCCCGGAACACGUCAAUAAGGAGGAGGUUGUCGCACGGAGCAGCCCUCCCAUCCCGGAACACGUCAAUAAGGAGGAGGUUGUCGCAUGGAGCAGCCCUCCCAUCCUGGAACACGUCAAUAAGGAGGCCGUCGCACGGAGCAGCCCUCCCAUCUCAGAACAAGUCAAUAAGGAGGUUGUGGCAUGGAGCAGCCCUCCCAUUCCGGAACACGUCAAUAAGGAGGUUGUGGCAUGGAGCAGCCCUCCCAUCCCGGAACACGUCAAUAAGGAGGUUGUGGCAUGGAGCAGCCCUCCCAUCCCGGAACACGUCAAUAAGGAGGUUGUGGCAUGGAGCAGCCCUCCCAUCCCGGAACACGUCAAGAAGGAGGCCGUCGCACGGAGCAGCCCUCCCAUCCCGGAACACGUCAAUAAGGAGGUUGUUGCAUGGAGCAGCCCUCCCAUCCCGGAACACGUCAAUAAGGAGGUUGUGGCACGGAGCAGCCCUCCCAUCCCGGAACACGUCAAUAAGGAGGUUGUUGCAUGGAGCAGCCCUCCCAUCCCGGAUGCCCCACACAGAUGCUAA